AUGGGCCACAACCUGUUCUUGGCGCUUCACCUGCUCGCCGAGCGGGCGGUGUACUCACGCCAGGAGGCUGCCGGUGUCGGCGCGUUGGGCGCGGCGGAGGGCGGCGGCGCCGAGUCGCCGCCGCCCUUUCCGACGGCGCGGCUGCUGGAGAUGCUUGGUGAGGCUGGGGUGCCGCUUCCGCUGGACGCGCAGGAGGCGGAGAGCGGGAACACCGCCAUGCACACCGCCGCGUUUGGCGGGUGCGUCGAGAUGGCAAUCUCGCUCGUCGGCCUGGGCGCGUCGGUCGGGCUGCCGAAUCGGGACGGCUUCACCCCCCUCGACUCGAUGCAGCCGAGCGGCGCGUGCCAGCUCUGCAAGCUGCCCUUCAUGCUCGCGCAGCCGCAGACCGGCGGCGGCUCCCUCUCGCAGCAGCUCAUGGCGCGGACCAACUACGCGUCGACCAACAAUCUGCGCAAGCACCACUGCCGCCAUUGCGGCCGCGUCAUCUGCGCGAGCUGCUCGCCGCGCCGCUGCGAGCGGGUCUGCCUCCAGUGCGAGAAGCUGCUCCUCGGGAGCGACUCCGCUCGCCCCAGCUCCUGA